AUGCCGACGUCGAUCGCGCGCGCGGUGACGCUCGCGCGAGGGUCGUGGACGACGCGAGCGAGACGUCAGCGCGCGCGGGGGGCGAUCGGACGCGUGAAGGGUGGUGAUGGGGAGAUUGAAAGAUUCCGCGGCGCGGAUGCGGACGCGACGCCGGCGACGACGCCGACGGCGAAGGAUUACGUCGCGGUGAACGGGGUGAAACUCGUGGUUGAUUUCGAGGUGCAUUACGACACGACGUUCGGUGAGGACGUGUGCAUCGUCGGGAGUCACGACGCGCUGGGAGCUUGGGAUUUGGAUAAGGCGGCGGCGAUGACGUGGACGGAGGGCUCGGUGUGGAAGCUCGCGGUGGAACUCCCGGCGGGCGGCGUCUUCUUCUACAAGUACGUCGUCCGGGACGCAAACGGCGAGGUCGUGCGGUGGCAAGAUGGGAAUAACUCCAUGCUGGUCCUUCCGGAGUCCUGGAACGUGCCGAGCGGGUCGCGAUACCUGGUCGAGGAUAACUUUGCGGGCUUGCCGAACGACACGACGGAGAUCUCGCAGUGCCUGCUCGCGAGCAAGCUCAUGAGCGUGCACGGCGAGAAGGCGGAGCUCAUGCAACAGCUCGAAGUUCAAAAGAACAUGACGCACACCGCGCUCGAAGAGCUCUUGAUCGCGCGCGAAGAACUUGCAAAGGUUCAGACCAAGUUGCUGGGUUCCUCCGUGCCCGACGGGCAACAAAACGGUUCGGUGCGUUAG